UUUUUAAAUAAAUUUAUUUUAAGGAAAGAAAUCUUAGCAAUGGAAGAAGCUUCAAAACAAUCAAAAAUUUGUUUAAGAGAAGAAAAAUUCCAAUCAGCUGCUAAUACAAUACAAAGACUGGCAAAUGAUUCGAAUAAUCAAUUACUUCUUUUUCAACUUCCUUCUAUUCCUUUAUUGCGGAUAGCAGAGACACGAAAGCAAAAUAUAUUGGAAGAUGAACAACAACCAAAAAAAUCUUCAAAUAAAUCAAUUCAAGAACCUCAAUUAAAAAAUAAAAAUUGUUUAGAAUCAUUUCCAAAUGAAGGUACAAAAAUUGGAAAAUUACAAUUUUUGCGUAGUGGAAAGGCUGUUUUAAAUAUUGGGGGGCAUCAAAUGGACAUUUCUGAAUCAAUUAACAGUGAAAGUUUUGAGACUCUGCUUCGAGUAGAAGUUGCCAGUCGACAACCCCAACAAAAUUCAAAAGAUAUUAAUUUGUGUGGACUUCCAUUUAGCUUAAAUAAUGGAAUUUCAACGUCACAUCAUUCAAUUCCCGGUACUGCUCAACUUUUGGGCUCUUUACCUUUUAAUUUUGUUUGUUCUUUUGAUAUUAAACGUGCUUUGCAAACAACAAAUGAUGACUCAGCUCCUUCCACUUCGUCUAUACAAAAUUAA